GCAAUGCAGAUUAUCGAAGAAUGUGUUAAACUAGUUGGUGAUAAAAAACGACCAACUGUGGGUUCUUGUCCAGAGGAUCCCGUUUGUUCAUCGAUAUUUGUUUAUGAUCAACAAGACCUUACUAAUGUUUUAGAAAACAAUUUGAAAGACCCAAAUGCAUGCCAGAAAUUGGGUCGAAAUGUUUGCACAAUUGCACCGAAGGUAGCGCUUUCGAUGUGCCCAUUUACAUGUGGUCUUUGUAAUAGACCGCGUGCUGGUGGAAUUUGUCCAGAUGAAAACGAUAAUUGUGCAGCUAUUUUCCUUUUGGAUCCUGCAUGCAGUAUGGAUUUCAUGAAGAGAUCUUGCAAAAAGACUUGUGGACUUAAAGAUUGCUUACCAGGCAAUUCAACUGCAGCUUCGUCGUUAACUUGUAACGAUUUACACCCUCAGUGUCGAGAAAAUUCCCGGUAUUGCAAUAUAGGCGACUAUGCAGUUGUAAUGAGAAGAGUUUGCAGAUUGAUUUGUCGUCACUGUACUCCUUAG